AAUAUUAAAAUUCAAUUUCAGUGUUCAUAAGCACCUGAGAGUGAAUAGAACUGAGAAAAAGAAACAAUGGAGAAGAUAGAGCACAGGACGAUCUCCACCAACGGCAUCAACAUGCACGUGGCUUCAAUCGGCUCAGGACCAGUGAUCCUCUUCCUCCACGGCUUCCCCGAUCUCUGGUACUCGUGGCGCCACCAGCUCCUCUCUCUCGCCGCCUUAGGCUACCGCGCGAUCGCUCCCGAUCUCCGAGGCUACGGCGACUCCGACGCCCCGCCUUCAGCCAGCUCCUACACCGUCCUCCACGUCGUCGGGGACCUCGUCGGGCUGCUGGGCUCGCUCGGCGUUGACCGGGUGUUCCUCGUGGGUCACGACUGGGGAGCGAUCGUCGCGUGGUGGAUGUGUAUGAUGAGGCCUGAUCUAGUCAAGGCGCUGGUGAACACGAGCGUUGUGUUUAAUCCGAGGAAUCCUUCUGUGAAGCCUGUCGAUGCGUUUAAGGCUUUGUUCGGUGAGGAUUACUACAUCUGCAGGUUUCAGGAGCCUGGAGAGAUUGAGGAAGACUUUGCUCAAGUUGAUACCAAGAAGUUAAUAAACAGAUUCUUCACUUCGCGUAAUCCACGCCCACCUUGCAUUCCAAAGUCACUUGGUUUCAGAGGUUUACCUGAUCCACCUGCUUUGCCUGCUUGGCUCACUGAGCAAGAUGUCAGUUUCUAUGCAGAAAAGUUUAGCCAAAAGGGCUUCACUGGUGGACUAAACUACUAUCGCGCCAUGAACCUAAGCUGGGAACUAACGGCUCCAUGGGCCGGUCUACAGAUCAAAGUCCCUGUGAAAUUCAUUGUGGGUGAUCUAGACAUAACAUACAACAUCCCUGGAACAAAGGAGUACAUACAUGAAGGUGGUUUGAAGAAACAUGUUCCAUUCCUUCAAGAAGUGGUGGUCAUGGAAGGUGUUGGUCACUUCCUUCAGCAAGAGAAGCCAGACGAAGUCACUGACCAUAUCUAUGGCUUCUUCAGUAAAUUCUGAACCUGCGAAAUCAAGUUCUCAGGGGCACUUUCUUACUUGGUGUGAGCCUCUACUUGUAAUGGAUUUGAUAUGAAAGAGUACUGUGUAUUUACUUGUCUCAAUUCGAAAUUUAUAAGUAAUUGUCAUGUAUAACAGAUAUCUGGUAAGACAUUUACACACAUCCUUGUGGAUUAGUAAGAAAUUAGGGGAAUCUAUUUGA